CUUUUCUCCCGUUUAACUAAAACUGAUGACGACGAUGAUCUCUCGUUUUUACACUUAAAACAUUUCUAAAGCUUGAAACUUUAAAAACACCCAACAAAAAACCCCAUAUGUUCCAGACUCAGAAUUGAAUGAUGGUGAGGAAAAGAUCCGCCGCAGCUUCCGAUUUAGAUCAGCUCCCCUCGCCGACCGGCGGCCACGCCCGUUUUCUACGUCGUACUCCAACUCCGACGACAACACCGGGUGUUGAUUUUAGAGCCGCCGCCGCUGCUGGUGGCGUUGCUGGUGGUGGUGGCACAAUUCUCGACGUCGUCCCCAACUACUCCACCACCACCACCACCUCCACCGCCGCCGCUUUAAUGACGGCAGCUUAUCCCACCACCAACAACAGUAAUAAUAAUAAUCAUAAUUACUGUAAUUACGUGGAUACUUCUUCUGUCUCCAAAACCCAUCUUCCUCUUCAAAUCGAAACAGCUGCAAAUGCAAAUGUGUGUGUUUUCUCCGGUCUGCCGUUGUUUCCUCCGUCUGAUCAGAGAAACCGGAAUAAUUCCGACCUCGUUCCCAUCAACUUUGAUGACCCACUUCCUCCUCCUUCCGGUGGUGGUGCAACAUUGUUAGCCAUGGAGGAUAACGGCGGAAACAGCCCUUCCUCCGCCGCAGCAACUGCAUGGAUUGACGGCAUCAUAAAGGAUCUUCUUGUCCUCCAUAACUCAGCUAAUGUCUCCAUCCCUCAUCUCAUCCACAACGUUAGGGAAAUUAUCCAUCCUUGUAAUCCUAAUUUAGCUGCUCUUAUUGAUUAUCGCCUUCGCUCUCUCAGUUGCUCUCUGCUUCCUGAAUCCCCUGUUCUGCCUCCUAUUCACCACCACCACCUUAAUAAUAAUUACUAUUCCCUCCCGGUCUCAAACUCCGGCGCCGGCCAAGUCCACAGCCAAGGUGGCGGUGGAGAGGCGGAUAACUUGGUUUCUCCGGCGGGUCAGACCCACAACAACGUCAUUCAAGAAUCCCAUAACCAGCAAUACUUAUCAGCUGCCACCGGAAACAAUAACAACACGAGUACGCCUUCCUCCGGCGGAUAUUCACAGGUCCAAAUCCCGGAAAAGGAAACCCAGUUGACGCCGGCGGAUAAUCAGCAGCAACCCGGGAAUUCGGAUUCUCCUCCGCCUUCCAAUAAAAAUCAUGCAUCAUCGUCCCCUUCAACCGCCGGCACCGCCACCACCGCCACCACCACCACAAGUAUUGAGAAGAAGAAGAAGAAGGAAGAAAUCCAGCAACAAAAGAGAGAUGAAGAAGGGUUACACUUGCUGACGUUGCUAUUAAGGUGUGCAGAAGCUGUAGCUACAGAGAAUCUGGAAGAAGCCAACAGCAUGCUAUUGGAAAUCUCACAGCUUUCCACUCCAUUUGGUACAUCUGCACAGAGGGUAGCUGCUUACUUCUCAGAAGCCAUGUCUGCUAGAUUAGUGAGCUCCUGCUUGGGAAUUUAUGCAUCUUUGCCUGGUGUUGUGCCUCACAGCCAGAAGAUGGUCUCAGCUUUUCAGGUUUUCAAUGGGAUCAGCCCUUUUAUUAAGUUCUCACAUUUCACAGCCAAUCAGGCCAUUCAGGAAGCUUUUGACAGGGAAGAAAGGGUUCAUAUCAUUGACCUUGAUAUAAUGCAAGGAUUACAGUGGCCUGGGCUGUUUCACAUCUUGGCUUCACGCCCUGGAGGUCCUCCUUUCGUCCGGAUGACGGGUUUGGGUACUUCCAUGGAAUCCCUGGAAGCCACUGGCAAGCGUUUAUCGGAUUUCGCUCAGAAAUUAGGACUCCCUUUUGAGUUCAACCCGAUUGCGGAGAGAGUUGGGAAUUUGGACCCGGAGAAAUUGAAAGUGAGCAAAAGGGAAGCAGUUGCAGUUCACUGGUUACAGCAUUGUCUGUAUGAUGUCACUGGCUCCGACACCAAUACACUCUGCCUCUUGCAAAGAUUGGCUCCCAAAGUAGUGACAGUGGUGGAGCAGGAUCUGAGCCAUGCAGGCUCAUUCUUGGGAAGAUUUGUCGAGGCAAUACACUAUUAUUCGGCUUUGUUCGACUCGCUGGGAGCGUGUUACGGGGAGGAGAGCGAAGAAAGGCAUGUAGUUGAGCAGCAACUGCUGUCGAGGGAGAUACGAAACGUGGUGGCAGUAGGCGGUCCAUCCAGGAACGGCGACGUAAAGUUCAGCAAUUGGAGGGAGAAAUUGUUGCAGUCCGGCUUCAAGGGUAUCUCAUUAGGGGGCAAUGCCGCGGCGCAGGCAUCGCUUUUGCUCGGAAUGUUUCCUUCCGAUGGUUACACCUUGGUUGAUGACAAUGGCACCCUUAAGCUUGGUUGGAAAGACCUCUGCUUGCUCACUGCAUCUGCAUGGAGGCCUUGCUCCCCACAAAUUGCUCACCAAAUCUCUUGAUCAUCAAAUAAUGAUCAAUUCCGGGUGGAGUAAGCAACGUUUUCAGAUGCUCAUUCAGAAUAGAUAUCUUUGUAGACUUUUGCUUUCUUAUUAUUGUAGCUGUUUAUUAACGUUUUGGCGGAAGUAUUACUUAAUUUUUUUUUUUAAUAUAAAAAGAGAGUGUUUUGAUAAGUCAGUUGUCGGAAAUUCUACUACUACUAAUAGGGGAGAUUGAUUAUCCCCAGAAGUUAAUUGAGAUGACCAAAGUAGUAGAAAGAAGAGACACUGCUUUCAUUUGAACUGCCUUCAAAAAUGAAGAACUAGUAGUGAUUUGAAACCAAUUAUGGAAUUGAAUGACAGUAAUUCAGAAUUCAGGUAGAUAAAUGUCAUAUGGAUGGUGGAACAAUUUCAU